CACAUUAAGUUCAACAUGUCCGGACGCGGAAAGCAAGGAGGGAAGGCUCGCGCCAAGGCCAAGACGCGGUCCUCGCGGGCCGGGCUGCAGUUCCCCGUGGGCCGCGUGCACCGCCUGCUCCGCAAGGGCAACUACGCCGAGCGCGUCGGGGCGGGCGCGCCCGUGUACCUGGCGGCCGUGCUGGAGUACCUGACGGCCGAGAUCCUGGAGCUGGCGGGCAACGCGGCCCGCGACAACAAGAAGACGCGCAUCAUCCCGCGCCACCUGCAGCUGGCCAUCCGCAACGACGAGGAGCUCAACAAGCUGCUGGGCAAGGUGACCAUCGCGCAGGGCGGCGUGCUGCCCAACAUCCAGGCCGUGCUGCUGCCCAAGAAGACCGAGAGCCACCACAAGGCCAAGGGCAAGUAAGGACCCUGCGUUUUUGGCAACAACGCAAAUAACUAAACCAAAGGCUCUUUUCAGAGCCACCCACCUUCGCACUGAAAGG